GGGGAGUGUCGCUCCUAGUGUUGCAGAAACCGUCAGUGAGGGUGAUUGGCUGAUGGCUGCUAUAGCGGAAGACGACGGCGAGGCUGAUGCCGAAGGUGAAGAAGAUACGGACAUAUUACAUGUGAGCGAGGUUGAGAAUGCUCACGACUCCAAUGUCGAUGUUUCGAUGAACCAGAACGAUGAUGGUACUCGUGCUGUUGAUAUGGACGAGCAUGAUCAUACCACAGAUUCGAUUGAUGACCCACGCAGCCGGUCUAAUGCACUGCAUACUGAGGAUCAUGAUCAUGUGGAAGUCGGGCAAUCUGAGGUUACAGUGCCUUAUACUCUUGGUGUUGAACCGUUAUCCCCCGCCGUUGCUGACAAGCAGGGCGAAGGGACUGCUGCCGUUGUUCCCUCAGAGGAGGAAGAAGUCAUUAUCAUCACUGGUGGUGUCGAGACACAGCUAGUUGACAAUAACAUUGUGCAUUCUGGUUCUUCUACCGUUGUUGCUGACUUGACUUCUAUCGCGUCGUCUUCUGCGUCAUCGCUUUCUACUUCUACUUCCACACCUGUUACUUCAUCCAAUGUGCCUCAUGGUGGAAAACAGUCUGCUGACGAUGUUGGCUACUCUGAAUCGCAGGUUGCCCAUCAGUCCCCUUCAGGAUCCAAACCGCUGGUACCUUCUGCAUCUAUUGCCUCUACAGUUGCCGAUACGGAAACCCAGGAGGGCCACAACCCUACUCAAGAAGGAUCGUCUACGCAACCUGAUGAAUCCGAUGACAAAGGAGAUGGUCCAGAAGAAGCGGAUUCUAUGGAGCAAGAACAUUUACCUGAACCUCCUGCAUCCCCUGCAUCGAACACGCUACUUUCUACUUCUUCAAGUUCAACGUAUGGUGAUCCCUCUCAGUCUCAAUCCAUCGCCAUAACGAAGAGUGGCAAGACCCCGUCGGCCAAUCGUCUUUCAAUAUCUUAUGCAGCCGGCAGUAGGCGGCUUGUUGUGGAUGCGGAAGUAGUCGAUCAUCUCAAGGUUUUCCGGUCUGACGGCCGUAUUGAAGUUCAUAUAUCCGUCGAAAAGGACGAUGCUGAUGGAUUGAAAGGCAUCCUGAUUGAGGGUCUUUCCGACACCACUAAGUCAUAUCUUCCUUUACAAACACUCUCUGAUGCCUCGGAAUCGGAUAAAACUAUUCCUACGUUCUCGAAGGCUGCAAUACCUUCUAAAAUAAGUCUUACCGUCCAUCUUGACACAGAUCGUCCAUUAUCCGAACCGAAAUGGGUUAAAUCUGGGGAUGUUCAAGAAUGGCUAAAGAGUAUGUUUGGACGGAUGUUCUGGGUUGCCGGAGACGCCGCUGAUGGCUGGGAGAAAAAAAUUGAAGUCGUUGAUCCUGAUCCGGCACCCACCAUCUGGACUGUUCUUGAUGGCUGGGCCGUCAAUUCGCCAGUUGGCCUUCAAACCGAACGCCAGCGAUUCCUCAAAACACAUAUGACAGAGACUGACAACCUCCUUGAAAUUCUACUACGGUUGGUCCGAGGAGAACGGGCUACUCCCUUUUCACAGUCUGCUCCUACUAUCUCUGCUCCGAGUGUUUCAGGUCCUCUUCUUUCAGCGCUCUCCCAAGGGUCUGCCCACGGCGCUCAGCAAACGCAUGUUUCGCUUGCAGUUCUUGCCAUGUUCCGUAUGUGCGUGGACUAUGCUGAGAAAGCAUCGGGGCAGAAAGGAAAGGUGGAAGCUGAAGAAAAAAUGAGCGAGAUUGUUCGAUGUUUGCCCUCGCAUCUCAUAUACAAGAGUCUCGAUGGUAUAUUUAAAGAGUGGCGCGUGGAGAAAAAAGGAGGAAGAUAAAUGGUAUCACAGCUCAUAUUCUUCAUUCUUCAUUCAAAUUUUGUGCUCUUGUUCAGCAUCAGUAGAUAUGUCGCAAUUCUUAUAUAUAAGCACAGACAGCAUUUUACUAGUCUCCUAUUGCUCUUAGGCAUAUUAUUCAGAAGAAACAUAAUCAAGCAUUUUCUGAAGACA